CAUCUUUUCUCUGGAGAUUCCGGCGCUUCCGCUGUCCCCAAACUGCUCCUUAGACCAUGGGGUUGGAUUGUGCGUCCCUGAAGCUAAUAUAUAGAGUUUCGGGCAGGAGAAUCCAGGGUCAAGCCAUAACAGUUCUCUCCUUAAUCCACUCCAUUCCCUCCUCUCCCAGCUAAGCUGCCAGAGUGUGCUAUUCAUUUCCAAGAGCAAGAAAAGAUGGAUAAAUCUCCAGAGUUGGUGUCAUUUGAGGAUGUGGCUGUGGACUUCACCUGGGAGGAGUGGAGGGACCUGAAUGAUGCUCAGAGGACUUUGUACAUGGAUGUCAUGCUGGAGACCUACAGCAGCCUGGUGUCAUUGGGGUACUGGAUUAGUAAACCUGAGGUGAGCCUCAAGUUGGAGAAAGGAGCAGAGCCUUGGAUAAUAAAAGAACACCCAGACCAGAGCCUCCCAGAUGUCCAGAAAGUCAAUGACCUAAUUGAGAGGAGUCAAGAAAGUCAAGGUAGAUACUUGUGGCAAGGUGUACUCAUCAGUGGCAACCAAUCAACUGAGGAGAAUGCAUAUUCAGUGCAUAUUUUAAAUCUGGUUAUAAAUAAUGAAAACUAUUCAGGAGUGGGGCAUGAGGAGUCUAAUGAAUAUCAGAAUGCACUUCUUCCAGAGACUGAUGCUAUGUGUGCUGGAAAGAAACCUGAUGAGUAUAAUAUAUCUGAGAAAUCACAGAGUUAUCAUGAGAAUCUUAGUCAGCAUCCUAAGAUUCAAGCUGGGCAACUUUUUGAAUAUAGUGGAAAAGGACAAUCCUGCAACACAGUGCCAAUAAUAUUUGCAUAUAAGAUAAUUUAUAUGGGUGAGACCACUUGUAAAUACAGUGAACAUUGGAAAGCCUGUAAUAAGUCAUCUGUCAUUGCCCAAGAGAUAACUCAGGUAAGGAAGAAAACUUUUCAAGGUGAUGUAUGUGGGAAAAUGUAUAAAAAGGCUAAACAUACUCAACAUCAGAUUAUAUACACAGGAGAGAAACAUGAUAAAUACAGUGAAUGUCAGAAAUCUUUUAUUAAGCAGUCAUACCUUAUCUCAUAUCAGGGAACAUCUGCAACGAAAGCUUUUAACCAAAAGUCAACCCUCAACAGGCAUCAGAGAAGUCACAAAAGUAAAACAACUUAUGAAUGUAAGGAAAGUUCAAAAGAUUUUAACCAAAUGUCAGUCUUCAGCAUGCAUCAGAGAGCUCUCCCAGGUGAUAAGCCCUACAAAUGUAAUGGAUAUAGAAAAACAUUUAACAAGAAAUCAUCCUUCAGGAUGCAUCAGAGUACUCACACAGGGAAAACACAUUAUGAAUGUAAAGAAUGUGGAAAAGCUUUUAAGCAAAAGUCCAAACUCAGCAGGCAUCAAAGAAUUCACACAUGUGAGAAACUGUCUGAAUGUAAAGAAUGUGGAAAAGCUUUUAAGUUAAAGUCACACCUCCGUAAGCAUCAGAGAACUCACACAGGUGAGAAACCAUAUGAAUGUAAAGAAUGUGGAAAAGCUUUUAAGUUAAAGUCACACCUCAGCAAGCAUCAGAGAACACACACAGGUGAGAAACCAUAUGAAUGUAAAGAAUGUGGAAAAGCUUUUAACCAAAAGUCAAACCUCAGCAUGCAUCAGAGCAUUCACACAGAUGAGAAACCAUACGAAUGUAAAGAAUGUGGAAAAGCUUUUAACCAAAAGUCAAACCUCAGCAUGCAUCAGAGAAUACACACAGAUGAGAAACCAUACGAAUGUAAAGAAUGUGGAAAAGCUUUUAACCGAAAGUCAAACCUCAGCAGGCAUCAGAGAAUUCACAGAGGUGAGAAAAGAUAUGAAUGUAAAGAAUGUGGAAAAGCUUUUAACCGAAAGUCAAACCUCAGCAGGCAUCAGAGAAUUCACAGAGGUGAGAAACGAUAUGAAUGUAAAGAAUGUGGAAAAGCUUUUAACCAAAAGUCACACCUCAGCAGGCAUCAGAGAAUUCACAGAGGUGAGAAACGAUAUGAAUGUAAAGAAUGUGGAAAAGCUUUUAACCAAAAGUCAAACCUCAGCAUGCAUCAGAGAAUACACACAGGUGAGAAGCCAUGUGAAUGUAAUGAAUGUGGAAAAAGUUUUUUUACAAAGUCACAGUUGCGAAGACAUCAGGAUACUAACACAGGAAAAAACUCCUGAUGAAUUUAAUGUGACAGGUCCUGUACUGGAAUUCCCCCUAACAGACAAAAAAGAAUUCACAGAAAGGAAAAUCUCAGUGAAUAUAAUUUGUGCGGGAAAAGAUUUUGCCAGAAGUCAUACCUCAAGACAUCAAAGAACUUACAUCAAGAAGAAGACCUAUAAAUACACAGUUGUUCUCAGGUAUUGAAGAAUGUCU